UUAAUUCAAAUAGAUCAAGACACUGAUUAGACAAAAUUUAUAUAUUUCUAUCUUCUGUUUUUUCUUGGAUAAUAACCUGGUGAGCUAUUCCACUUAGACGUUCAUUAAAAAAAUAUCCAAAAGAGUUCAACUCUCGAACUAGCUUCACACGCUUCGUGGCUUGUUACGUCAUUAGAUAUUAUAUGGUAGUUUUGUUUUGGAGAUAAACAGUAAGGGUUUUAUUCGUGAAAUAAGAAUAGUUCACGAGAUUUUUUGUAAAUAUUGCAAUAAAUAAAAAGUAGUGUACAGUUUCUCAACCCUCCCACCAACUCCACCAUAAAUAACACAUCUCUCUCCCAUCUCUUCUCUUCUCUGUGGAGGUUUGCAAACACCACCAAUCUUCUCUCUUCUUCUUCUUUUAUGUUUCUUCUUUUUGUUUUUGUUUUUUUUAAUUUAAUCUGAUCAAAGCCCUUCUCUCAAGAUCAUGCUUACCAAAAGAACCCAUCCCAUGAUCGGAAAGAUAUCGGACCUCCUCGUCCGUGUCAACCGAUCCACGGCUGCUCCUUUCUUCGACGUCUUGAUGACAAGCCCUAAAAGCCCACUUGAUUUCAAGAUUCUCCCUCAGAUAUCUCAGAGAAACAGUUCAAAGAGAUUCUACGAUGACAAUCUUGGUGGCUCUGUUGGUCUAGGGAUUGUAGCCGCGCUCGAGAACUCAAACACUCGUCGAAUCACGAGCGUUUGUAGAUCGGAACAGAACCAACCCGGCCGGUCUGAUCCGGUUCAGUUCAUGAGCCAUGGUGGAAGCACGGACGGAGAAGACGAGGAGAUGUUCAUAAUGGACGAGGAAGAUUACACGUUGGUGACAUGUCACCAUGGGCCUAGUGGAUCUUGUAGUACAAGGAUUUAUGACAAAGAUGGAUUUGAGUGUUUCUCAAGUAAGAUCAACGAUGAUCGUCGGGAAAGACUCUUCGUGGUCGAUGUCGUUACGGAAUCUCCAGAGAAUUCGCCAGAGUUUCAGGGUUUGGGUUUCCUCAAUUCAUGUUACUUGUGCAGGAAGAAACUUCAUGGUGAAGACAUAUUUAUUUACAGAGGAGAAAAAGCAUUUUGCAGCACCGAGUGUCGAUCGAGUCAUAUAGCAAAUGAAGAAAGGAAAGAGAGGUGUAGAUCAAAAUUCUCAACCUCUCCUUACACCGCCGGCCAAAUUUUCUCCACCGGAGUUCUAGUGACUUAGCCGGAGUUCUUUCUACAAUAUUAGGCAUAAACGUUUGGGGGGAUCGGGGGUAAAUAAAGUAAUUAGGCAUAAAUAAUCGGCAAAGAGAAAUAAAUUAGCAUAUAUAUACUAUGACAUGUAUGUCCAUAUUAUGGUGGAAACGAAACAACAUCGAGAAAUUUUGAUGAGGGGGGGAAUGAAAGUAGAGAGAGCUAAUUCUUGAUCGUUAAGCAUGGCGAGAAAUAGAAUAAUGCUCUUGUUUUUUUUUUU